UGUUGGUCUGUUUUCAACAGUACGAGAAAUGUUUUUGCAUCAAUUCGAGGAGUUUGGCAGCAGAUAGACGAAACGAAAUGGAAGAUAUACGAACGGCCAUGUGGUAAUCCACGCUUUUUGAUAACGCUAUGUUUUGAAUAUAACGGGCAGCCCCUCCUCAGCGGUGAAGUCCGUCACAAAUAGCAAUUCCUCGGCCCUGUAUCUGUGACGGGAAUCAAAGCGACCACCUUGCGAUGUCUUCAGUUGGAAGUACUUUUUUAAAGAGGGCUCUUUUGUUUUUAGUGUUCGGAUUUGUAAAUGCUGCAAUUUUUACUCUUAUCGAGAGGCGUGGAGAAAAUUACAAGACCACCUCAGAUAGAAUGUUAGACCAACUGAGGAAGAAUUUUACGAAACACCACAACUUCUCGGACGAAGAAUUCGAGUAUUUUACAAUGGCCUCAUAUAACGCCGUUCGCACGGGUUUGUCUUUGGACUGGACCUAUUUUAGGGCUGUGGAUUUCACGUACACAGCGAUGACCACAAUUGGUUACGGUCGUCUAACUCCUAUCACCACAUACGGGAAACUGUUCUGCAUCGUUUUUUGUAUGUUUGGAAUUCCACUAUGUCUGCUGACUCUAAAAUCUGCGGGCGAACUUAUUUCAACAUUUCUAACUUGUGUGAUAACUCACGUGGAGAUUAAAGUUCUUAAAACAAAAAGAGUAAAACACCUUGAGAUUAAACGCGCUGUACUCGCGUUUAAUUUAAUGGCAAUGUAUCUCUCGUUCACUGCAGUCACACAAGUGAUGCAGGAACACUGGACAUUCGUGGAUGCUUUUUACGCCUCGUUUGUAGCAUUUUCUACUGUCGGUUUUGGAGAUUAUGUUCUUUUUGAAAGUGUUACAGGGCAAGGCAAAAACGGAGCUGCAAGCACGUUUUUUCACGUGUUUGCAACUUUCCCGGCGCUUUUUGGACUGGGGAUUGUGGCUUGUGUGAUCAACUGUGUUUUAGAUGUUGUUGAGAAGAACCGUUUACACAUUAGUGAUGGUAGACCAGGGAGAAGGAAAAAUGGAGAGUUGGUAAAACUUCUAUCUUUUAGUAAACUGAAAGAAGAAGGUAGACGCUGCAGAAGGUCUCAUAGUGUAUGAAAGCACAUCAUAGAUUCUUUUAGAGUUUUAAUUAAAGAAUACUUUGAAAAAGACUAUUUUACCCAGAUAACGUGUUUUGAAAGCUUGGGCGGUUUUCAUGAUUGACCGAGCCGGCUUAAUCGUCGCUAGUCGGAGCUGAUCGACACGAUUAGGAACCAGUUUUAAUUUAUCACCUAAGGGGGGGGGGGGGGAGAAGUUUGGGAGGAUCACAUGGUUUUCAGGGAGAACGAAUGAUGUUGCAGAUCCCUAAGGGCGAUAAAUAAUGAUCGGUCCACUAUGUUUAAACACUCCGUCGGAUGAUCGGGUAGAUCACGUUCGUUGGGAAGUCGUCACGAUCAUGCGCACUUCGGAUACUGUCGCGAUUGUCCGCUCGGGAGUCGU